GCGUGUCAUCCCUCCUGUAUAUCUCGCCGCAUCAGCAGAAGCAUCUAUUCUGCAGACGUAUUUAAUCUGCUCUCAUCCCCUGCGGAGUUCAGUCAUGCCGGCCCAUCCGAAUAGCAGGCCGGAACGUAUUUGCCCGUGGUGCUCUCAGUCCUUCACCAAGGAGGAUCACUUGGCUCGACAUAUCAGACGUCAUACCCGAGAAAGGCCAUUCUCAUGUACGGUGUGCACAAAGUCCUUUACUCGCUAUGAUUCCCUCCUUCGCCAUGCGCGGUCCCAUGGAACCACGCGGCAAGCAGGGCCCCAGAAAUCUUCUACUACUGCGGACUCUGUAGGAAAUGAAAGGGCUGAGGCUCCCGUCCCGGCGACAGGGUCAACAGGAGCUUCCUUUGCACAUGCAAGCAAUCCAACAGAUUAUGGACUGGGCUCACCGUCCGCCGGUUCUACAGCCACGGCAAAUUAUACCAGCCCAGUGCCUCCCGAUCCGUCUCUACCCGUGGAUCCAGCCACGGGCCAAUCUGACUGGGCGGAGAUGCAGCCUGGCUGUCUGUCGGACUGGUCAGUAGGCUGGACCGCGCAAUCUUCAGCAUGGUUAGCCGAUGAUAAUUUCGACCUGGGGGCAUUCAAUGCCGCGAUCAUCACGUCCACUAUGCAAUCCAACGUCGAGCCACCUCCCUCAUUCUUGGAGGCCCCGCUAUUAACCCCGCUGUCGGCAGGUGUCGUCGAACCGGUCCCUGAGCAACCGGAAGAUAUCGUUCGACGGCACUGGUAUACCUUCCUGGAGGGCAGUGGGACUGGCUACGACACCCCUGGGGGUAACCCGGAUCGGGCCCACAUUGAUGACGCUGAUCGAGAGAAUCUCGCCCAACGCCUUCAGCAGCGCAUCACGACAGAGCCAUUGCCGUCAACAGACUUUCUGAAUAUGUGUAUUCGACUCUUCUUUGCUCGUUUCACAAACGUACUUCCCAUCAUUCAUCAGCAGACGUUUCGUCCUUCGGUAAAACGGUCCCUGUUGCUGCUCUCGAUCUGCUCUAUGGGCAGUCUCUUCUUGGGUUCGAGUCAUGCUACCCAACGGGGAAUCAAAAUUUUUGAAACGCUCCACAAAGCUAUACUCUCUUCGUGGGAAACAUAUAUGAUCAAAGGAAAAGCUGAAGCCCUGUCCAUGGUACAAGCAGCUCUUAUUGGGCAGAUCUUCGGCAUGUUUACGGGGAGACCAAAAGAUCUGUUAACUGUACAGACGUUUCAUGGCACAGUCAUCACCUGGGCGAAAAGACAGAACUUACUCUCUAGUCGUCGCGCCAUCGACCAGAUCAACAUCGAAGAUGUAUAUCGCGCCCCGGAGCAAACAUGGCGAGCCUGGUCCCAAGCCGAAGAGCAGAUCAGGCUCUGGGCCGCCGUCUUCAUCCUAGAUGCCGAGCUCUCCGAGCUAUUGCUCACUGAUCCUCUUGUACGACGUUCACCGUUGGACGUCGUAUCUGAGGACAAUCUAUGGAUGGCCCCGACUGCGGAAGCCUGGGCCAGCGCGGUGCGAUGUCAGAUUGAACAGCAACAGCAAUCAGGGAUACCCACUAACCCAUCACCCCCGGGCCUGAUGGGGUUCCGGUCAUACGUCGAGCUAGAAAGUUUGAUCUGGGCCAUUAGUGACUCCAACUUCCAGGAGCAGGCAAAGGAUGCAGCCUCGCAAGUAAAGUUCGAACGAGCACUGAUCAGUUUCCACGACCGCUAUCUCCGACCCCUAAAGUCCUCCUCCCAACUACAAAGAGACACCUUCUGCCUCCAGGCUCUCUGGCACUCCGGCUUCCUCAGUCUCCAUGCUAAUAUCGACCGCCUGGAGCUUGCCAUCGGCCGUGAAGGCUACACCGAAGCCCAACCCCACAAGAAAUACGCCACCGAAUGGGCCAACUCCCCAGCCGGCACGCGAUGUGCCGUCCACGCUAUCUUAAUCCUCCAUCUACUAGAGGCAUUACCAUUAGGAAUCGAGCCCGCCAUCCAUGUCCCCCGAGUCCUAUUCAGAGCAACCAUCGUCUGGUACAGCUAUCUGAAAUUCGGCGGCAUCAGCAGCGGCGACACCACCACAAACGAGCCAAGGGUCCUCGAUGUUAAUCUCCACGAUCAUAGUUUCGAAGAGCUGAAGUGCAUCACCGUGAAUCCAGGGAAACUUCUCCUCGAGUCACAGGAUUUUCAAAAUAAUAAACCACUUCCGUCAAGGACGACGACUGCUUGUCGGUAUGUGGAUCUACUCAAACGGAUUGGUCAUUGGGGGUUGGCGCAGCAGCUUGGGACGAUUGCUGUCGUGUUGCUGCAUGGGGAUUUGGAGGGGGGGCAUAAUAAGCCGGUGGCAGCUUUUGUAUCUUGAUUGUCUGGAUAUCUCAGAUGAGAAUGAAGUGACGGAUUUAAAGCAUCGGGG